UAGCUAGUGCAUGUCUAUAUAAUGUUUUGCCUUUUGCAACCUUGUAGAUCAUCAGCAAUAUUUUAUCACCAUUUUGUUCAGCAACAAAUUAAUUUAAGAACAUUAGCACAAAGCAUGGUUAGUGAUCAUAGUGUUGGUGGUGAGGAAGUGAUCAGCAACAAACAAGUGAUCCUCAGGGACUAUGUGAGUGGUUUUCUAAGAGAAUCAAACCUGUACCUGACGACAAGUAACAUCAAACGCAAAGUGCCAGAAGAAGAGAGUGGUAAAGAUGCUGUGCUGGUUAAGAAUCUCUACUUGUCUUGUGAUCCCUUCAUGCGUGGACUCAUGCAGGGAGAUCUGCCAUCCAGUAAACCUGUACCAUCUUCCUACUCCCUUGGCUCUCCAAUUGUUGGAUAUGGAGUGGCUAGAGUUGUUGAUUCCAGGCACUGUGACUUCAAGAAAGGCGAUUUGGUCUGGGGAAGGACAAUCGGCUGGGAAGAAUACAGUCUAAUAACAACACCUGAAUACCUCUUCAAAAUCAACCAUACUGAUGAUAUACCCCUUUCCUACUACACUGGAAUUCUUGGAAUGCCUGGCAUGACUGCUUAUUUUGGCUUCUUUGACAUUGGUUCUCCCAAGGAAGGAGACCGUGUCUACGUUUCAUCAGCAUCAGGCGCAAUUGGUCAGCUUGUUGGGCAAUUUGCAAAACUGAUAGGUUGUUAUGUUGUUGGAAGUGCUGGAAGUAAAGAAAAGGUUGAACUAUUGAAGACCAAGUUUGGAUUUGAUGAUGCUUUCAACUAUAAAGAGGAGCAUGACUUGGAUGCAGCCUUGAAAAGGUACUUCCCUGAAGGCAUCGACAUUUACUUCGAGAAUGUUGGAGGAAAAAUGCUUGAUGCUGUCCUUCUAAACAUGAGACACCAUGGCCGUAUUGCUUUGUGUGGAAUGAUCUCUCAAUACAAUCUCGAGCAGCCUGAAAGUGUGCACAACUUAAUCGCUGUACUCUUUAAGCAGAUCCGGAUGGAAGGGUUUACGGUUGCCGAGUACUAUGACCAAUACACCAAGUUCUUGGAUUUUGUUCUGCCUUAUAUUAAAGAGGGGAAGAUUGUUUAUGUGGAAGACAUAACUGAAGGACUCGAGAGUGGCCCUGCUGCAUUGAUAGGCCUAUUCAGCGGCCGAAAUGUAGGCAAGCAAGUAGUGAAAGUUGCUCAGGAGUGAUCAGUCUCCCUUAUUACAUGACUGCUUUCUUGUCAUUCUUAAGUUCUGGCCCAUUUUUUCAGGCAAUCAGUUGGCAUCUUCCUACCUUUCAUAUUGAAGGAUUGCCUAUUUUAUUUUGGAUAUUUUUCAUUAAUUGUUCAGGAUUGUUUUAAGGCAUAUGAGCUGCCUUCGCUCUUCUCGAAAGCUUUGUUAUCAUCAAUAAGAAUGCAUUCAUCCAUAUCACUGUGGUUAUAACCCCAGGGAUGAUGCUAUUACCUAUACAGAAAGAAGUUUGCUUUUGUAGUUGGUGAACAUUAUUAAUUAGUGGUGGUUACGAGUCAGCUAUUUCAA